AAUUUGGUCCAAAUCAGCUUGUUAAUAAUAGUCUCAAUCAGAAUGCUGAUAGAGACCUAUUUGUAAUUAUUAGCAGUCAAUAUUCCAAACUUGCUAAUCUGAAAAAUUAUAAAACUAAUAAUAAUCCACAGCUAAAAUUUAAGAUUAUUCUUUCAGUUCUGCUACCAACUGAUACAAGUAAUCUAACUCAAUUCUUCGCUAGAGAGACAGUAUUAGA